AUGAUAACUGACAAUGCUGACAAGAGAUUAUUGACUCUGUGGGUUGAAGUUGAAGGCAAGUCUGAACCUAUGAUGACUGACACUGGAGCAACUUACACAUGCCGACACGUACGCGAGUUGGCAGCCCAAUGGAUAACAGACUUGACGUACGCAUUUUCCCCCUUCGCUUUGCUUGGACAACUUCCGGUCACGGCAUUUCUCCUUUUGCAUCUCCUGCGCACUGUGUGCUGUGCAAAGAAAUAUAGAGAAAUCUUUCUUGUCACAUACAUUACCUAUUUCACAGCAGAGGACUGCAGUGCUGCUGUACAAACCUCUUCUGCAGCAGCCAAUGUCCCUCAUCUGCCUGUCUCACAAUCACUUAAAGGUCCAAAAGACUCCAGUGCUGCUGUACAAACCUCUUCUGCAGCAGCCAAUGUCCCUCAUCUGUCUGUCUCACAAUCACUUAAAGGUCCAAAAGACUCCAGUGCUGCUGUACAAACCUCUUCUGCUGCAGCCAAUGUCCCUCAUCUGUCUGUCUCACAAUCACUUAAAGGUCCAAAAGACUCCAGUGCUGCUGUACAAACCUCUUCUGCAGCAGCCAAUGACCCUCAUCUGUCUGUCUCACAAUCACUUAAAGGUCCAAAAGACUCCAGUGCUGCUGUACAAACCUCUUCUGCAGCAGCCAAUGACCCUCAUCUGUCUGUCUCACAAUCACUUAAAGGUCCAAAAGACUGCAGUGCUGCUGUACAAACCUCUUCUGCAGCAGCCAAUGACCCUCAUCUGCCUGUCUCACAAUCACUUAAAGGUAACACUUAUACUACCAACUCUCUAUCUGUCCAUCCAUAAAUUCAUACAUCCUCUCAUCCAUAUAUUCUCCCUCCCAUUCUUCCAUACAUCCUCCCUAGACCUGUCUAUUUAAUCUGUCUGUCUGUCUGUCUGUCCAUUCAUUAUUCCGUCUGCAAGUUUC